CCUUGGUCAGUAACACUCCUCUUUCCCUAGCAUCUCGGAGUGCAUGGAUAGUGAAGCCGAGACGGUCAUGCAGCUCCGAAACGAGCUGAGAGACAAGGAGAUGAAGCUGACCGACAUCCGCCUGGAAGCCCUCAGCUCUGCACACCAGCUGGAUCAGCUGCGGGAGGCCAUGAACAGGAUGCAGAGUGAAAUAGAGAAGCUGAAAGCUGAGAACGACCGGCUGAAGUCGGAGUCUCAAGGCAGUGGCUGCAGCCGGGCGCCCUCCCAGGCGUCCCUCUCCACCUCCCCAAGGCAGUCCAUGGGGCUCUCCCAGCACAGCCUGAACCUCGCUGAGUCCAGCAGCCUGGACAUGUUGCUGGAUGACACUGGUGAAUGCCCGACUCGGAAGGAAGGAGGCAGGCAUGUUAAGAUAGUUGUCAGCUUUCAGGAGGAAAUGAAGUGGAAGGAGGAUUCCAGACCACACCUCUUCCUCAUCGGCUGCAUUGGAGUUAGUGGCAAGACGAAGUGGGACGUGCUCGACGGGGUAGUAAGACGGCUGUUCAAAGAGUAUAUCAUUCACGUCGACCCCGUGAGUCAGCUGGGGCUGAACUCUGAUAGUGUCCUCGGCUACAGCAUUGGGGACAUCAAGCGCAGCAACACCUCCGAGACCCCCGAGCUUCUUCCCUGUGGCUACCUGGUUGGAGAGAACACAACCAUCUCUGUGGCCGUCAAAGGGCUCGCGGAAAACAGCCUGGACUCGCUGGUGUUCGAGUCCCUGAUCCCCAAGCCUAUCCUGCAGCGCUAUGUCUCCCUGCUGGUGGAGCACCGGCGGAUCAUCCUCUCUGGGCCCAGCGGCACUGGGAAGACCUACCUGGCCAACCGGCUGUCAGAGUACCUGGUGCUCCGGGAGGGACGGGAGCUGACAGACGGGGUCAUCGCCACCUUCAAUGUGGACCACAAGUCCAGCAAGGAAUUGCGCCAGUACCUGUCCAACCUCGCCGACCAGUGCGCCAGCGAGAACAACGCUGUGGACGUGCCUCUGGUCGUCAUCCUGGACAACCUGCAUCAUGUCAGCUCCCUGGGCGAGAUCUUCAACGGGCUGCUCAACUGCAAGGACCACAAAUGCCCUUAUAUAAUUGGCACAAUGAACCAGGCUACCUCUUCGACGCCCAACCUGCAGCUUCAUCAUAACUUCAGGUGGGUGCUGUGUGCCAACCACACGGAGCCCGUGAAGGGUUUCCUGGGCCGGUUCCUGAGGCGGAAGCUCAUGGAGACGGAGAUCGGUGGGCGGGUACGGAACGUGGAGCUGGUGAAAGUCAUCGACUGGAUUCCCAAGGUCUGGCAUCACCUCAACCGCUUCCUGGAGGCUCACAGCUCCUCGGACGUCACCAUAGGCCCCCGGCUCUUCCUGUCGUGCCCCAUCGACGUGGAUGGUUCCAGGGUGUGGUUCACCGACCUGUGGAACUACUCAAUCAUCCCCUAUCUCCUGGAAGCCGUCAGAGAAGGACUCCAGGUAAGAAGCACACUGCCCACUGACCUCCUCAAAGUUCGAGGGACUGUUCUAGUGACGAGAAGGGUUGUCUUUGUCUCCCUCUUCAGAAAUCUGACUGACGUGAGGUGACAACCCGUCACCUGUGAAGCCAUCCGUCCAGCGCAGUGUAAGACACACUGGGCUGCAAAUCCUGGCUCUGCCACUGUUAGCUGUGUGACCCUAAGCGAGUCAUCCAGCCUCUCUCUGCCGUAGUGCCCUCAUCGAUGGAAGAGAGAACGAUAGUACCGUGCCACAAAGAGCUAUUCAGGGCUCAGUGACAUCAUGGCCAUCAAGUGCUCAGCAUAGUGAGUGCACAAGAACUGGAAUAUGUCACUGCACAGUUUGCAAAGCAUCUGCUGUUUGGUUCAAGCUCUGCAUUGGUCCUG